UUCAAUCGUCUUUACACCUUCUCUCCUCCAACAAUUGAAAACAACCCUAGCCGCCGCCUGGUAGAAGUAGUUUCUCUAGUCAAUCUCACCGACGAACGACCUAGAGCACGGCGAAUCGGGCAACAUCACGACGCCGUCUGAUUUCGGCGUUGGAAAAACCCUGGAAAUUUUGUUUUUCUCCACUGAUUGAUUUCGAAACAGGGAGCACCGGAAGAACGUCAUACAAAAUGGUGAACAAACGCACUACCUCGAGGAGGCCUAGUAGCCAAGCGACAGGUACCAACAAUUUAAGAAAUCUUCGGGAUGAGGACGUUGUGAACGGCAUUCCAGACUCGUCAGUGCUGACAAUAGCACAGGUUACCGGGGCAGAGGCUGUGGUUGUUACUGUGUCCCAAAAAGCUAGAAACAAGAAGGAUGACAAUCUUUAUUUUAGGAGAUGUCCAACUGAGUUUGUUAAGUAUAUACAGAUGCUUAAUCCGCGACAAAUUGAAGUCGUGAACGAGUUAGGAUUUGGAGCAAUCCUGAACUACAACAUACCGCAAAUUCCUGGUAAGUUGGCUCACUGGGUGCUCUCCGUGUUCGACAGACCUCACUGCACUAUUGCGUUCUCUGGUGAUAAGGAUAAGGGGCUGCGCCUAACCGAUGACGACGUCCAUUUGACUUUUGGAUUCCCAAAAGGUGAAACAUUCAUUGAACGCACAAACAAACUCCAGUCAAACUUUGUGUACAAUGAUGACGUCGCUAGACGCUUGGGCAAAACACGGUAUUUGUUAACGGCCGGGGAGAUAGGGAGUUUGAUGUUGCAAGAUGUCGCUGGAGGACCUGAGUUCAAGAAACUCUUUAUGUUUUUGCUCGAGAAUGCACUAAUUGAGACUCCAAGUGAUGGUAUGCUUAAGCCAAAGAUAUUGCAUUACAUUGACGAUGUUGAUGAGAUAAGAAAUUUCAACUGGUGCGCCUAUCUGAUAUCGGUUCUAGACUUUACGUACAAAUCUUGGAAAGCGGGAACAAGUGUGUCAUUCACUGGACCGAUCAGUUUUUUGGUGUGCGUAUAUGUUGAUAGAGUUGUGCACUGCCGGCGUAGAGUGCUACGUGCAUGGCCAACUGUAAAGGGAUGGACAACGGAUUCUGUGAGAGAAAGGCAGGAUGCAGAGAGUACUGAGGUAAAAAGUUUGGAACGGGUUUCUUGGAAGACAAAAUUGACAAGGAGAAGUACCUACGUGAAGAAGAAAGGAGAAGACUCCAACGGUUGAAUACUGGUGGUAGGGAAGAGGAAAGAAGAGACCAAACCACCAUUUUCAAGGAUGAGUUUGUUGCUCGUAGUGCACACAUGGCAAAGUCUAUUUCAGAUUGGGUUGAUUAUUUCAAGAUAAUACCGACCCAGUUGAUGGAUGAAGGUUGCUUCAGAAUCGGCAGCCAAAUUGCGAAGAAGCUGCUGGGAGUGGAGGAUGAUAACGUCCAACCCGAUGAAGAAAUAGUGGCAACUCUUACACAAGUAAAGGAAGACGAUGAUGAGUUGAGUCCUCAGUGGAUUGCGGAGAUGGAGGUCAUGAUGCAAGCUUAUGAUAAGAAAAAGACCAUAACGGAAGACUUUGACAGACCCUCAUUCGUACUCUUUCCAGAAACACAGUCGGAAGAUAGGCCAGAGUCUAGUGCUCGCGCUGAGACUGUUGGAACUAGCGGGGUGAAUGAUGUUGGCCAAAACGCUACGCAAGAGACAUUGGUCAUGACAGAUGUAGACUCUUCAGAUGAUGAGGGUACUUACGAUGAGCAUCAUUAUACGGACAUGGGUAAUGAUGGAGCCGCACAACAUGGACCACCUGCUCACAAUCCUAGUGGCAAUGUUUCCGCUACAUUGGUGAUAGAGCCACAACUGGCUGUUGGAAAUGCUGUCACGGAUAAUUCGGAUGGGGGGUGGAAGGGGAAAGAGGAUGAUGCGUCUGACAAACCACCGUUGAAGAAGCAAAAAAUUGUUGCUGCAAAGGGAAAAGGUGUUGUAUGCGAUGGCAAUGGGGCUGCAUCAACCAAAAAAACAAUACCACAGCGUGCAGUGCAGAAGGCGCCACAAGAAAAACUUGUUAUUGGUGGUGGGGCUAAGAAGAAUAUUGUACCUGUGGCUGACAAUGAGCAUCCCAAGAAGCGGAAUGUUGCUGAUACGAGACAAGGAAAAGGAGUUCUUGCGACAGGGAAAGAGAAUGUGGAUGCGACAGGGAAAGAGAAUGUGGAUGCAGAUGUUAUGGAAAGACCUAUUCAGCGAAAACGGUCUGAAAAAAAUAUUGGACCUCGGGAUGAUCACGAGGGAGGCAUGACGCCAAUUGCUAAGGGUAAGGCCAAAGUCAUAGAAACAAGAGGCAAGGGAAAAGCAUAUGACUUACAUAGUGAUUUUGUGGAGGAUCAGGAAUGCAAGAAGGCGGCUUUGACACGUGUGAAGAGGAAAGGCUUUGCACUCCGGUCUCCAUUCAAUGAGAGAGAGGUGAAAAUCACUAAGGAAGCCAAUGCAAAAGACAAGGAGCUGUUUUAUUGGAUACUUGACACGAUUAGGAAGGAACCGGAUUCUAUUGUUUACAAAGACAACGCGGUGUCAACGAGAAAGGAGUCAUUCUUGUCUCUUGGUCCCUAUAAGAAAGUGAAUAGUGCAGUGUUAAUGGCAUGGAGCUCUUACCUUAAUAAUAUGGAGAAGAUGAAGUCAGUUGAAACAGUGUUAAGAAUGUUCUUCUCUACACAGACUAGCAAGCCAUUUUAUCAGUUGAAAGAAGAUGGAAAUGGAGAACCAAACUCGUUUGAGUUUUUCUGGACAAACAUUCUUAACGACACUCUGCCAAUACCGGAGUUCCGAUGGGAAAACUACACACUGUUUUUCUUCCCGGUUACCAAUACCUCGUCUUAUUUCCUAAUUUGUUUUGAUCUUGUUGCUGGAAAAAUGCACAUCAUUGACCACACGCCCACCGACACGCAUAACUCUUUCAAUGAAAAGUAUGGGAAUACGCCUCAUAUUGUGAAAAAAAUUUUUGAGGCUGCGCUGGAAAAGUAUCACGUUCCCAAAAUAGCUGUAAAAGUCCGCAAAUGUACAACCAAUCUUGUAACAGUGCCGUGGAGGACGAUCCUGAACCCCCAGGAAGAUGGUGUGUAUUUGAUGCGUCAUAUGGAAACAUUUCUUGGAGCUUCACAAAAGAAUUGGGAGUGCGGUCUCACUGCAAAGGGGGUCAGGAGCUUGUCCGUAUUGAGGAUUAAGUACAUGCGGACAUUGCUGACUUGUGAUCACAACAGUAGAAAGGAAAUUAACCAGGCCCGCGCAACGAUUCAUUGGAAUGAAAAGCCGCGAAAGUUCAGCUUCGGGAAGUGGUUUGAAGAGUAUGGUUUGGAGUAGGGUGUUUUUAUGAAAAAAUUAGCAGUAAUGGUUUUUUGGUAGUUAAACUUAUGGGAUUGUUUUUAUGGAUGGAUGUUUGAUCUUUGUCUUUAACUUAUGGUAUUGUUUUUUAUGGAAGGGUGUUUGGACUUUGUAGUUAAAAUAUCCGAUUGUUUUUUAUGAACAGAUUUUUGUUCAUGUAGUGAA